AUGGAGGAGUGCACUUCAAGGGUCCAAAACAAGCUUCCUCAAAAGCUCAAGGAUCCUGGCAGCUUCACCAUCCCUGUGCUAAUUGGUAAUAUUGGUGUGGGUCGUGCACUUUGUGAUUUGGGGGCAAGCAUAAAUAUGAAGCCCUUGUCUUUGUUCAAGCAAUUGGGUCUGGGAGCUCCAAAACCAACUACUGUGAUGUUGCAGCUGACUGAUAGGUCCAUAGCACACCCUGAGGGAGUGAUUGAAGAUGUGUUGCUGCAAAUUGGGAAAUUUAUCUUCCCUGUGGACUUCAUUAUCAUAGAUUGUGAGGCUGAUGAACUGGUCCCAAUCAUAUUGGGACGACCUCUCUUGGCUACUAGUGAUGCAAUUGUUAAAGUGAGAGAAGGAAAAAUGAUUUUGAGGGUGGAGGACAAGGAAGCAGUCUUUAAUGUCUACAAAGCAAUCCAACUUCCCCGCUACUAUGAGGAUCUCUUGAUGAUAUCUGUUGUAGAAGUGGAUGAGCAACUUCUUGACAUGAGUGUAUAUCUAGACGAUUCUCUAGAGAAAGCACUCAUGUUGUUCGAUAGCUUGGAGAUUGAUGAUGAGGUUAAGGAGAUGAUGCAUAUCCUAGAUGCAUCCUGUUCUUACAUGCAGGGAAUACAUCCCUUUGAGCCCUUAAGUAGGCCAAGUGGGCCUCCUCCAAAGCCAUCAAUUGAAGAAGCUCCAAAAUUGAAGCUUAAACCCCUGCCCCCUCACCUUCAAUAUGCUUAUUUCGGAGUUUCUGACACUUUACUUGUUAUUGUUUCUUCUGACUUGUCUAUAUUGCAGGAAGAAAAGCUGUUGAUAGUGCUACGUGAGCAUAAACGAGCAAUUGGGUGGACGAUGUCUGACAUUAGAGGCAUUAGUCCAGCUUUCUGCAUGCAUUAA